UGCACUGCACCCAAGUGGGUCCCACUGGGGCCUAACUGUGAGCUUGUCUUUUUGGAUGAAAAUGCUUAUAAAUAAAGAGGACUCUCCCCCCGAGAAACCUUGCAACACCAAGGGCCGGCGAAUUGAACGGCGAGCAGAGUGUUCUCCCGAGGUGAAAUUUUCCUUUCAGGUCACUGAACAAUGGGUGCUGGAGGCCGAAUGUCCAUUCCCUCCGAGGGCAAGAAGUCGAAAUCUGAUGUCAUUCAACGAGUUCCACAUUCGAAACCUCAGUUCUCACUUGGCGACAUCAAGAAAGCCAUCCCGCCCCAUUGUUUCCAGCGAUCCGUUCUCCGUUCUUUCUCCUAUGUUGUUUAUGACCUAACGAUCGCCUCUCUCUUGUGCUAUGUUGCUUCCACUUAUAUCCAGUUCCUCCCUAAUCCUUUGUCCUAUUUCGGCUGGUUACUUUACUGGAUAUGCCAAGGUUGUGUACUAACUGGUGUUUGGGUCGUUGCCCAUGAAUGUGGUCACCAUGCCUUCAGUGACUACCAGUGGCUAGACGACACCGUUGGCCUAAUCCUACAUUCUUCUCUCCUUGUACCGUACUUCUCAUGGAAAUACAGUCAUCGCCGCCACCACUCGAACACGGGCUCCCUUGAGCGGGAUGAAGUUUUUGUACCCAGAGUCAAAUCAGGAAUCCGAUGGAUUUCUAAGAAUCUUAACAAUCCACCAGGCAGAGUUCUCUUACUCGUCUUCCAACUUACUCUUGGCUGGCCUUUAUAUUUAAUGUUCAAUGUUUCGGGGAGACAUUACGACCGGUUUGCAUGCCACUACAACCCCCACAGUCCAAUGUACUCGGAUCGAGAACGUGCUCAAAUCCUAAUUUCUGAUGCUGGCGUUCUUGCUGUAACUUGUGGGCUUUACCGUCUCACAGCGGCCAAAGGACUCGCUUGGGUAUUCUGUGUGUAUGGUGGUCCAUUGCUCGUGGUGAAUGGAUUCCUUGUGUUGAUAACAUAUUUGCAGCAUACACAUCCCUCCCUGCCUCACUAUGACUCAUCCGAGUGGGAUUGGUUAAGGGGAGCGUUAGCCACAGUCGAUAGAGACUGGGGAAUUCUGAACAGGGUAUUCCAUAACAUAACUGAUACUCAUGUUUCACACCAUUUAUUUUCCACCAUGCCACAUUAUCAUGCAAUGGAGGCAACAAAGGCAAUUAAGCCGAUAUUAGGGAAUUACUAUCAAUUCGACGGGACACCAAUUUUUAAGGCCAUGUGGAGAGAAGCGAAGGAAUGUAUUUAUGUUGAGCGAGAUGAAGGUGAUCAGAACAAAGGCGUCUUCUGGUACAAUAACACGCUUUAGCUUUUGAUGAAGAUAUAGCGGCCCGAAUUUCUGGUUUGUUCUUAGUCGAGAUUUUGCUUCCCUUUCUUGGUUAUUUUAGGUUGGUUUGACUGCUUUGUACUGUACCACUAUUUUUUAUUUUCUAGAUUGAAUAUUUUUUGGAUUGAAACUGGUUGUUGAAGGAUCAAAUGAGUUGAAUUAAUUUCAGUGUUUGCAUUACAUUCC